GAGUGGUCUGCUGAAAACGAGCGGGGCGGGAGCAUUGCGCUUCCGUGCCUUUGUGUUUCAGCUCUAAUAUCACACAUAUCAAUAAUUCAGGGCGCAAGCAGACGGACCCCCGCGCUAUGUAUUCAACUGCGCUUCAACUCGACAAGGGCCUCGUACCGCUCUCGACUGGUUAUUCGAUUACGGAGUGAGACAAGAAGGCGGGGAGGCUUGAGCUGAAAGGGGGGGAAAAAAUAAGUUAACACGUGGAACGACUGGGUAAAGGGGACUCUCCAUAAUUUAAAAAAGAAACGGGAAAACCAAACCUGUCUUUGACCUUUCCAAGAUUUAGAAAUACACAAGGAUAGCUAUAAUUCAAGAAAGGAAAAGGAGUUUGUCAUUUGGAAAGACUGAAUUUGGCUGAAAAUAAUAAGAAUAGCAGGAUACAGCCACGAAGUGCAGAGUGAAGUUGCCAUAAUGUUGACGGUAUUACUGGGUGCAGUGUGGCUAGUGACUCUAGUGAACGCUCAGAACGAGACGGAACCAAUCGUGCUCGAGGGGAAAUGUCUGGUCGUUUGCGACUCCAACCCAACUUCAGAUCCCACUGGGACUGCUCUCGGGAUAUCGGUGCGCUCCGGGAGCGCCAAAGUGGCUUUUUCAGCCGUGAGAAAUACCAACCACGAGCCCUCGGAGAUGAGUAACCGGACUAUGGUCAUCUACUUUGACCAGAUACUUGUAAACGUUGGUAAGAAUUUCGAUGAGGAGCGGAGCAAUUUCAUCGCCCCGCGCAAAGGGAUUUACAGUUUUAAUUUCCACGUGGUCAAAGUGUAUAAUCGCCAAACGAUCCAGGUGAGCCUGAUGCAUAACGGAUGGCCUGUGAUCUCAGCCUUUGCUGGGGACCAGGAUGUUACUCGUGAGGCUGCCAGUAACGGAGUGCUGAUCCAAAUGGAGAAGGGUGACCGAGCCUACCUCAAACUGGAGAGAGGAAACCUCAUGGGGGGCUGGAAGUACUCCACAUUCUCUGGGUUCCUGGUCUUCCCCAUGUAGAAGACAAGGAGACUGGAGGGACUAAUGCUUCUCAGCUUGGGAGACUAGAGAGAGAGAGAGAGAGAGAGAGAGCGAGAGAGAGAGAGAGAGAGA